GGAAUUAUUUAAGGAGCGGGGAUUGGUGAAUUGUAAGUUAAGCAAGAACUUACUACAACUCAGUCGCAAGAUGGUUCCCUAUUGAGUAAAGUGAACAACAAACUUAUAUAGACAAUGACAACAAUAAGGAAAAUUGUGGUUCGAAUUGUAUUUAUAUUUUGUGUAAUAGUUAUUUUGUUGAGGGACUAUACAGGCCUCGUCGGUAUCCUACUAGGAGGUGACAGGGCACAGCCUAACUCAUCACAGCAUAGAUUACCCCCGAAACCUUCAAAUCCAGGAUAUGGAGACAGCAAAACAGAGAUAGAUCUGGAUGCAGAUAUCGAAGAAGAGACAAUUAAUAAUAUUGGACCUUCACCUUCAACAAGGAGCCAAAUACUUCAGACGAUAAAAACUGCUUGCCUCCCGAAACUAAUUUGUGAACUGAAUGCCACUCCAAGAAAAGACAAAUUAACAGAAUCAGAAAGAGCUCUUCUGACACUGAUAAGAGAUACAUCGGUUUCAACAACUGCUGAAUUAACAUCGAAGUACCACUUUGCUGCUCACAUGGGCCAGUUAAUAUCCGGCGUAGAUGGUAAUGGAUGUCAUAACUUUUACCCUACUUGUCCAUUCCCGGGGUUGAAAGUGCUACAAAUGAUAAAAAAAGUUCGAAUGCGCUGAAAACUGUGAGUUCGCGAUGUAGAAAUGGAAUAACGAAGCCAAAGCAAACGAAUUCAAAUUAAAAGUAAAGCAUAAUUGUUUUGGGAAAGCUGAAGGCUGCAAAGGGAAUUAGAGGGAAUUUAAAAGGGACAUUUGGGAAAGAAACUCAAAUUAAAUGCAUACAUCAGACGAGUUUUCCCGUUUUCUGACGUCCACUUACUAAAAAUUUAAUCCGAAGAUGAUCUCGGCGGGAAGAAAAACAAGACUAUUACGAAGAUGAUAAAAUUUAAUUACAUUUAGAUAAUAAGGAAAUAUGUAAUAUGAAAACACCUAAUACACAUUUAUGCUUUUGUAUUUUCGAUAUAAUGCUAGUCUUAAACUAGUCAGUUAAAUCUAAACUACAUAAUAUGUAUUCGCUUAAAAUGUUAUAGUUGUCAGAAUAUUACCUAAAUAUUGAUAUAUAUAUAUAUUUCUGUUUCCCCGA